CAACAACCCUCGUUACAGAUACCUGGGAGACAAGAAGGGAGACUGCACUUUACAGAUCUCAGAUCUACAGGAGGAAGACGAGGCAACCUUUCGCUUCAGAAUGGAAGCUAAUGAUGUUAAAGCACAUUGGACUGGCCAAUCAGGAGUGAGAGUCAGAGUCAUAGGAGCUCUGGGUCAAAGAGUGAACUAUCCAGAUCCUGUUUGUGGUAUAAAAGGAUCGACCAUCACCCUCCCCUGCUCCUUCACACCACCAAAGUCUGUUGAGAUCAUCAGAGUCAUCUGGUGCAAGAACCAUAAAAUCUGUCAGAGAGAGACUCCGUCUGUGUACGACAGCGAAUCAAACAACAACAACCCUCGUUACAGAUACCUGGGAGACAAGAAGGGAGACUGCACUUUACAGAUCUCAGAUCUACAGGAGGAAGACGAGGCAACCUUUCACUUCAGAAUGGAAGCUGAUGAUGUUAAAGCACAUUGGACUGGCCAAUCAGGAGUGAGAGUCACAGUUGAAGAUGGUGCUCAGAUGGAGAUAAGAAGCUCCAGAGAUGAUGGAGAGUUUAAAAGAGGAGAAGAAGUCACACUGAACUGCACCACAAUCUGCUCUAUCCACCAACUGGAGGUCAGCUGGUUCAGAGAUGGCUCCGCCCUCUCAGAGUCUGGCCCCACCCUCCAUCUCAGCAAUCUGACUGCAAAGGAUUCUGGGAACUACACCUGUGGUUUGAAGAACAACCACACCCUCUCAGAGCUGUACAGCCUGCAUGUGGAGGCUGACGAGGAAGGUUAG